GAGCCGAGUCGCCGUCCGUCGUUUUGUCUGUCGGUCGUGAGAAGAAAAAGUGGUUGCUGCUCCUGGGAAGCAGCGGGAUCUACAGAGGGAAUUUGGUAGGAAAAUUCGUGAAAAUUGUGUUGAAAAGUGCAGAAUUCGUUCGCCUAUCGCCUGGUUCAGUGCUGCUGACCGUUGAAUUCAGUGUGAAAUCAGCCGUUUUGUGUUGCAGAAGAACGGAAGAGUUUGCCACUUUGAGGAAGCAUGCAGAACGUGGAACUCGUCAUCGAGCGAAAGCUUCGGCCGAUUUUCGAGUCGAUCGAAAUCGGCCACUACAAGAAGGCCCUGCAGGAUGUGGAAAAGGUGCUGAAGAAGAAUCCGACCAUUCAGUGCGGUCGUGCGUUGAAGGCUUGGGCGUACCUUCGGUUGGGACGAGAUGAGGAAAGUGCUGUUCUGAUUCAGGCCCUAAAGCAGGAGACUCCGACGGAAUCGACGACCCUGCACGUGAUGACCCUUUGUUAUAAGGAAACGGAUCAGCUGGACAAAAUAUGCGAAAUUUUCACCAGUGCCUCGAAGCAACUGCCAGGCAAUGAGGAACUGUUGUCACAGCUUUUCAUUGCCCACAUGAGGGUGAACGACUUCAAGGCGCAGCAAACGGUCGCCAUGCAGUUGUACAAGCUGAAACCGCGGAAUCCGUUCUACUUCUGGGCCGUUACCAGUGUGAUGUUGCAGGCAUUGCGUGGCCCUGACGCAAAGGAUCAGCAAAAGUCCAGUUUGCUGCUGUCGCUGGCCCAGCGAAUGGUCGACAAGCUGAUCGCAGAUAAUAAGAUCGAGGCGUCGCAGGAAGUGCAGCUUUAUCUGCAGAUUUUGCAGCACCAGGAAAAGUAUCAGGAAAUGCUAACUUUCCUGGAAGGAUCAGUGUGCACCAACCUGUAUCCGGGGGCCCCGCAUUCGAUCAAGAUUGAUUUGCUGAAGAAGUUGGGCAAAUGGGCGGACCUAAACAAGCUGAUGAAGCAGUUGCUCACGGAAGACCCUGACCGAUGGGAUUACUACCAGGAUUACAUUCAGUCGACGAUGGAAAUGAUAAAAAUCAAAGACGAAACACCGCAGACGGAUCACACGGUCGACAUGUGCCAUGAGUUUAUAGCCGGAAUCAUAGAAUCACAGCCACGGAAGAACCGGGGACCGUAUUUGGCCCGGCUGGAGCUGACACGGCUCAUGGUGGAGCACAAAUUCGACAAGGAGCAACAGUUUGGCGAGCUGACGGACCUGCUGCUGGAUUAUUUUCGCAUGUUCGGCGACAAGACGUGCUGCGCCAACGAUCUGAAACUGUUCCUGGAGUAUGUGGAACCGGCGAAGAGACCCGGUUUCGCCGCUCAGCUGAUGCAGGAAUGUCGAAUCAAUCCGGUCACGUUGCCGAGUAGUAAAGAGCACAUGCAACGACACAUUUGUUCGCUGCAGAUUGCCCGGUUCUGUGGUGCUCACGCUGCCUUGAGCGAGGAACAUCUGUCGGCUCUGUAUACCGCGCUGAGCUUGCACUACGAGCAUGGCUACAACACGUUUGGACAAGGGCUGCUCCCGACGGACAUGGGACCUUCGGAUCCGUACGCUUUGUUGGCAGUAAACAUCAUGUACGACCGGGCCUGGAAGCUUCAGCGAUCGGAACCUCUCGUGGAAGCUCUCUGCCUGCUGAACCAUCUGCUCUCGAAUAGCAUCAACAACUUUCACGGAAAGCUGCUAAACCUACAGCUGUACCAUCGGUUAGGUUUGGUGGAAGCUGCUCACCGGGCGUACGAAUCCCUGGACAUCAAGCACAUCCAGCUGGAUUCGCUCGGCUACCUGCACUGUAGUCACCUAUGCAACGGGGGUUUCCCGGCGCUGGCCAAGCAAAUCUUC